AUGACAAUUGAGACCAGAUCCGCCCGAAGACGGAGGCUCUCUAUUACUAACUCCGAUCUCCACAAUGAAACCGGCGUCGGCGUUGGCGUCGACUACAUCAGCCACCUCCCCGACGCCCUCCUCCACCACAUCCUCUCUUCAUUGCCGAUCAAAACUGCUGCCCAAUCCGCCACUCUCUCAUCCCGUUGGCGCUCUCUCUGGUUCACUCUUCCCGACCUCGACUUCUCAACAGCCUCUUCAAUUUCCGACCUAAUCAUCACUCGCAUUCUCAACUCCCGACCCCACCAUUCCAACGUCCGCCUCCUCCGCUUCUCCUCCAGUUUAACCUUCUCCCGUCUCAAUGCCCUCUUCCGCACUGCCAUUCGCCACCGAAUUCAACAACUACACCUCCACGUCGCCACCAACGAUUACUUCAACCUCCCUCGCUGUGUAAUCUCCAGUGAUUCCUUGAGAGUUUUCAAUCUCCGAUCCACCCAUCCCGGUUUCCGUCUCCCUCCCCCUUCCGUCAUGGUAAGCGGGUUCCGAUCGUUAAAUUCUCUGUCCCUGGCUCGUAUGGUGUUUCAUGAUCGACCCUCAUUGGUAGACUUGUUCACCGAAACGUCUUUCCCUGUUCUUAAGAAACUCAAUUUAGAGAGGUGUUUUGGGCUUGAGCAUUUGAGUGUUAAGUGUCCUGUUCUCGAGGAUUUUAGUCUCCAGUUGUGUUUUCAGCUUCAGGGGUUUGAUGUUUUUGGACCCAAAUUACAGAGUAUCAAAGUUUCUAAUUGUUUUGAUGCUUACACUACUCUUACUUGGGUUAAAAUUGUUGCUCCUAAUCUCAAUACUCUGCAUUGGAUUUACAAUGCUUUAACUGAUGAAAUUAAUAUCCAUAAUUUUACGUCCAGUCUCAAUCAAGCAUCUCUGAGUCUACUUCCUCAACAUUUUGUUACCAACAAACUUCCCUCUGUUUCAGCUCUUCUCUCUGCUAUUUCCCCUGCUCAUUCUUUAGCGCUUGAUUGUUUGUGCGUUGAUAUUGUAUCAAGCCCUACUUACUUCGCACGUUAUUUCCCUCCCUUGAACAAUGUAAACUGUUUGGAGUUGAGUACAGCCUUGAGAAAGCAGAAUGGUCCAGGGUUAGCUAAUAUAUUCAGAUCCUGUUCUGUUCUUCAUACUCUUACUAUCAAAAUCGUUGACGGUGGCAACAUUGGAAGGAAGGAUUGGCGCAGGGAUAAAUGGGAAAGGAGUGCAUCGGAGGAAGAACAAUUUUGGGAAACCCAAAUUGAGCCACUCAAAUCUUUUCUUCUUCAUCUUAAGAUUGUGAAAAUUGAAGGGUUUAUGGACUGCUUGAGUGAGGUCAGCCUCACUCAAUUUUUGCUAAAGCAUGGCUCUGCAUUGCAACAACUCACUCUUUUGACCACGAAAACAAAACAUAGAGAUUCUCCUAUUAGACGACGAGAAAUUAAAUCUCAAAUCAUGGCUUUUCCUCGUGCUUCUUCUCUUGUUAAACUUUAUUAUUGUUGACAUUAGCCACACAACUUUUUUUAACAUGUUCAUGAUCUUUAUAAAAAAAAAACUCACAAUUUUAUUCUUUGUUUUCUUCAUUAUAUUGAAUGAAUUUCAUUUCUUUUGAGUA